AUGGCAGACAACUUGAAAGAUAUCGACAUUAACAACUUUGGCCCACAAAUCGAGGGCAUCAUUAAGGAAGCCUUUAAAACUUGUGUAGUUCAAUCAGAAAAGGCAUGCCAACGUAACUACAUUCCUGCCGUCGUGAUGGCCGUGCUGAUUUUUAACGCUCUUGUGUAUAUUGGCCACAAGCUAGGAAGAAACGCUUAUCAUUGGAAGAUAGAACUCUUCGGAUCCAUGUAA